GCCGCGCGCCGAGCCGCCUUUAUAACCCGCGACCGCUCGGCACGGCUCGCCGUCUCCAUCCGCUCGCUCUCGCCUCGUUCCGCUGAGCUCCGCGCCGGUCGACCAAAGCUAGUACAAUUCUCGACGGCGAGGGAGCGCGAGAGGUCGCUGCGUAUGGCAGGAGGCGGCGGCAUGGUGUUCGAGCCCCGCGCGGGCGUCGCGGGCGGCGACGUCGUGUUCUGCGUCGCCAUCGCGUGCCUCUCGCUGCUCUCUUUGAUCAUCUUCGCGGCGGCCGGCUCCUCCUCCGCGGGGGGCGGGGGCAAGCGCGGGCGCGCGAGCGGGCCGGUGUUCGUCGGCGGGAACGCCGGGAAGGGCUGCGGCUGCGGCGGGUGCCGCGCGGGCGCCGGCGUCUGCGGCACCUACCUCUCCUGACCGAGCACGCGCCACCGCGUCAACGCAGCCGCCGGCGAUCGGCAGACCACACCACGCGCGCAGGCUCGCCGGCGUGCGCGGCGCUGUACAUACCCACACGUGCACGGCACGGCACGGCACGGCGAAGCGCGCAAAAAUAAGCAGCGGGAAGCUUUGCUCCGCCGUGCCCAUGGCUGCUGCUCUUGUAUUCCUUCCCCUUUGAUUUUGUAUCUGAGGACAUCCCUGCCUGGAUACCAUCAGCGUUGUUCCUGCUAAACAUCACGCUGUUAAUAUAAUCAUCUAAAAGAGAUGGAUCGCUUUUUUUUUC